AUGGACUCAUUACCAAUUGGAUUCGGUGAAGGAAAUACUGCUGGUGCUCAAAAUCAUGAUAUUUAUUCCAGGUACUUAAGACCCGUUCAACCAAAAGAAAGUGAUGAAUCUGAGUCUGAUAAUAGUGACAGUGAUGAUAGUGAUAGUGAUGAUGAUAAAGAACAAUUCCCAAUAACCCAUUCUUUCCAAUUAGACCCUCACACCAGACGUAUCGAAUCAACUACAUUCUCUCCUCAUGGUGAUAAAUUAUAUUCUUCAUCAAAUGAUUUAAACUUAAACAUUUAUGACUUUAAUCAAAUGAAUCCAAUCUCUUCAAACCCUGUUAAAUCAUUAGAAAUUUAUGAGACUAAAUUCAUUAAAAUUUUAAAAACAAAUUCAAGAGGUGAUUUAUUAGCAAUUCCUAAUUCUGGUUUUUCAUUUAGAGCUCUUGACUCAAAGGGUUCAACCAUACAUGAAUUCCCAGAAGGUGAUCGUUAUAUAUAUGAUGUUACCAAGACAAAAGGACAUACAGAUAUAAUUACAGAUUGUUCAUGGUCUCCCACAAAUCCUGAUAAAUUUAUAACAUGUUCGAAUGAUUCUACAUUCAGGAUAUGGAAUUUGAAAACUAAGCAACAAGAAUCAGUUGUUUUCAUUAAAGAUAAAGGUAAGAAAACUAAAGUUAAAUUUAUUAGAUAUACAAUUGAUUCUAAAUAUAUUAUUGUCAUUGAUAAUGAUUCAAGAUUGACUAUUUGGGACUUAGCUACAAAUUUGAAAAGACCUAUGAAAGAAAUUCAACUCAAUAGUAAAAUCAUGGCCAUUGAAACUUCAACUACUGAUGAAAAUUCAAUAGUAGUAAGAAGUUCUGAUUAUUCAUUAAAAUUAUAUGACCUAAGAACUGAUUUAUCAAGACCAGUUAUUCAAAGACUUAAUUUCAAAACUAUGGAUACCCCUUAUACAAAUCAAUUAAUUUAUCAUGAUCAAUUUAUAAUAACUUUUAUCAAUAAUGAACAAGAUUUGGGGAAAAAUGAAUUACAUAUAUUGGAUAAAUCUGAUUUAGUAACAUUAGAAAAAUUAUCAUAUGAUGAAGAAAUUACAAGUAUUUCAUGGAAAGAGGAGAUUAAUCAAAUAAUUGUUGGUUUUAAAUCUGGGAAAUUAGAAAUUUUAUUUAAUCCACAAGUUUCUAAAAAUGGGAUUAAAAUUUCAAUUAAUAAUAAACCUAAGAAGAGGAAAAAUUUUGAUGAAAAUGAUAAUUUUAUAACUUCUUCAACUUCAAAUAUUGCUUAUAAUAUGAAUGAAUUAGCUGAAUUAAACAAAUCCAAAAAAUCAAAAACAAAUGAUAAUGAUGAACCUAAAAAACAAAAAUUUAUUUGGGGUACUACAGAUGCUGAAAAAAUUGAAAAUAAUAUUAAUUUAGAAGAUCCAAGAGAAGCUUUGAAAAAAUUUGUUGAAUCUAAAAAAUGA